AGCAUUUGCACAAAAUCUCAACACGACAGCAACAACCACCUCUUCUUCUACAACAGAUUCAAAUCUCACAUGCACAGAUGAUGAAUUUGCUUUGGUCUGUCGUAUCACUACCGAUGGAUUCAAUGAAGUUUCAACAGAUAUACGAGCUGUAGAACAGGAAUUAUUGAAUCUCAAUGCUAAUGAGGAAGAAGAAGAGAUUGAUCAAAUGAUACUUGAUGAGGCUAAAGAACUGGCUACGUUUAUUAGACAGUUACAAGAAUUGGAACGGGAAAAAUUGAAAUUGACAGGCGAACAAGACUUCGAUUCAUCAAUCAAAGACACUCAGAACAG